AUGACGAAACGGAACAUGCUUGAAGACCACCACCCUGAGCUAGACUUCUUAGGUAUGCACCAGAAUAUGCUCGAAUGCCAGGUAACCCAGAACAAAGGAGCUGAACCGCCAAUCAUCAAGCGGAAGAUGAGGUCAACUCCACAGAAAAACUACCGGCUGCCGACCCAAACCCGGCAAGGUCUUGUUGCCGAACUUCAAUCCCGGCGAAAAACGGGUGCAUUGUCAUGGUGUGGGCAUUCCUGGCAGGUCCAAACAUUCGAUGACAGCAAGACUCUUAUCAUAUGA